AUGGCGAAAACAACUAGGAAAACUGGGCAAACAUUUGGGACUGCGCCAACUCAACCUCAUCCACAAGGCGUGGCUGAAGAUGAGCCACAAGUAGAAUUGGAAGAUGAGAAGAUGGAUGCUGAAACUUUGACAACGAAUCUGAUUGUGCUGCAAGAAGAAUUAGCCAAUUCGUGGGCUAAUCAAGAGAAUCGGGAUGCCACCGCCGCCCUAGAGGCAGCCAUUCAGUUGGCCCGGGGACAGCAUGCGCCUACCUCCCAACCGGAUCAACCACCUAAUACUCACCCACAGCAAAAUCCACAAUUAGAUCAUCCCCAACAUCACCACAAUCCGCCACAACCAGCAAACCCUCUAAGGCUGGAGCAACCCCCUACUGCUCAACAGGAAAGGUCAUUCCAGGAUCCUGAGCAGCAGCCACCCUCUCGUGCUGGUCAAGAAAAUCCCCAGCAACAUAGGCAGUAUAGGGCUGGGCAGCGUCCUAGAAGUCCUAGACGCCGGACGGCAGAGGAACAAAACCCUCCGAGCAGAGGACAACGUCCUUCUGCGAGUAGAAGGCAGGUGGAAUCAGGCUCUGCGGUCAGGGGUCCCCCGCGACAUAAUAAUGUUCGGGGACCUACUGACCAACGCAGGCCUCCACCUACCUAUCGGGACAUUCCAGCAGGGAGAGGGAAAUAG